UGGACACUUUAACUAAGUUAGACUCAGUUUUUAUUUGGGGCAAAUUUAAUGGGUUUAAGGAGUAGUCGUUAGUUUUUAACUUGAGAGGGAGAAAUAGAAUGCCCGGGAAAAUAAUGACAAAACUAGAAUUCAAAUCAAAUUGCGCUUAUAAAUACAGCCAUAGCCAGCGAAGCUUCACCUCCAGAACUUUUAAAUUCUAACCACAAUCAGUUGUAGAAGAGAGAGAAAAACAAAUUAAGAGUGAGAAAGAUGAAAAAAAUGGAGAUCCCAGCGUCGAAGAAAAAGAUGUUCUAUCUCGAAAACUAUCUAGAUCUCCUUCAAUCUCGUGAUUUUUCCAACAUCACUGCUGAUCAUCUCAAUAAAAUAGUUAAAAUUCACGGUUUCAAAAAACUCGGUCCAAAAAAGGAAACAAAGGAUGCAGUGAGAGAAUUGGAACUGAUGAAUCCAGUACGAUCAACUUUAAAUGAAGAAAUUUCAGCAUCAAACAUGACAUUGAACGACACAAUGAAAGAUCUCAAAGCUCUAAACUGGCCUGAGACUUUAAUCAAUUCAAUAACUGAUAUCAAAGUAGAGAACUACGGUCGUCUUCCCAAUCCUACUUCCACUAAAGCCACAACACCUAGCUCUCAAAAAGUAACAAAAAGGAGUAAUAUAGCAUCGUUUAAGUGUGGUCCAAAAAAGAAUGACGUAUCCGUUAGGGUACCUAAGAGGCCUAAGUUAGCUUCGUUGAUGAGUACUAGUUCUGCUAGCGGUGCGAGCAACAGUACUAGUUCUGGUUCUUCUUCGAUUGCAUAAGCUUGUGCAGAGGCUUCUUAGCUUCAAAUCGCAAUGGAAGGAUGUUCAAUUUUGGAUGUAUUCAGAGGUAUACAGAUUUCAUACUUUCUCUAGCUUUGGAGUAAUCAAAAUCUUAGUCGGUAUUCUUAAUUUUAAUUAGUCAGGGUUCUAUGGUGGUAUAGGCUAGAAGCAACAACAGUUAGUUUGCUAUACGGAAGAUUUCAGCUUGAUCAUUUGUCAUGUGAUUUUCUUAGUUUAUAUUAGCGGCACACUAUUUCACAUGAUAUGAUUGUAAUAGGAGUACCUUGUUUUUGUUAUUAAAGAAGUUGGAAAUAUU